AAGUACCGCAUAUCGCGAUAUCGAAAGCAGUAGCCGGUCGAAUGCGAAAUAUUAAUUUUUGAUUGGAAACCAUUAUAGUGGAAAAGAAAGUGACACGUGAACCGAAACAUGAAAGGAACGAUUUUGCUUCUCUUCACUAUUAUCGCUGUUACAAUGAGCGAAGAUUACGUGGGUCGUUUGAUGAAUAUUGCCAAAUUAAAGAGAGAAAAGGUACUGGAAUGCAUGAACAAGACACAUGUAACAAUUGAGGAUUUUGAGCACUUUGACAGAGUUCUGAUAGACAAGCUAGUAGUCGAUUUCGAUAAUGUGGUUUUAAAAGUUGGCUGCCUCUUCAGCUGCAUAUUCCAAGAGAAGGAAGUAAUGACGGGUGCACAUAUAGAUAUAGACAAGAUAAAAGAUAUGCUGCGCUCCAAAUUUAGAAGAGAUGACACGAAGCAACUUGAUGUACGCUUGCAAUUGCUGGACACUUGUAGCAAUGAGGAAGAAGAUUCCAGAAUGAAGACUUUGGUUAUUAUUGUGGGUAUAUUAACCAUUACGAUGAUUUACGAUUACGACACCGACCAGACAUAAGAAUUCAAGAAGUUCUUAGUAGAAUGCGCCGAAAAUUUUGCAGAAUGUUCACGAUCCAAUAUAACCUAUUGCAUAAUGAAGAAAGGUCAGAUUAUUGAUGAGAACAAUGUGUAUCAAAAAGAAGAAAACUAUAAAGUAAUUCGGGAUGUUAUGUCUGAACCUAACUUUUAAAAAAAUCAGGAAAUAUUAGAUGAAUGCAACAACGAAGAAAUACGUAGAACAGGAACUGACCAAGUGAAAGUGAAGAAUAUUGUUGCUUGUUUACUGCCGAUAAUGAUUAUGUUCUCCGAACAGAAUCAUUGCAAAUUUUUCUUUAAAUAUAAUUAAUAUUUUAUAUUUUCUACUGCAAUCUUAUUUUUGCACAAUCUUAACUGUAGAUCGUUUAAUCUAUU